CAGGACAACGACACUUUGACAUUUGGGGAGUGUUUGCGUUUGCGAAGACAUGUUGCUGAUUUUUCCCGAAGGUUACUGUUUUGUUGUUAUCAAUAAAACCGCUGAUUUGAAAAAAAUGCCGACUUUUUAAUUGGACUGCAACAAAUAUGGGUGACAAUGGUGACGACAGAGUGGUGUUGCAAAACACUGACGAACUCCAAGAAGCGUUGGCCGAGUUAAAAAACAAGAAUGUAGAGCUAAAGAAGAUCAUUAGUUACAUUCAGACCGAUAAUUCAUCAUAUAAGCAGAAAUACAAAUGUAUGAGAAAAAAGUUGCUUAAUUUGACAGACUUACUCGAGAAAAAUGCUAAAGUGUGCAACCAGCUGUUUGACAAUGCUAAAUGUGCGCUACAGUUGAGCCGAGUUUCAAUGAUUAACAGCCCAGUAUCACAAAGGACAGGUAUCCCUCUGAGAUAUAACAACCCCAAAGAUGAAUUUUCAGUACAGUUGAUGAAAAGUGCCGCUUCGCGUAAUUUGGACGUGGAACAUGCAGAUAUUGAGAAUUUCGGGACUGGUAGUCCCAAGGCAGGGCCUUCUGGGAUAGUUACGUCAUCUACUAGUUCAAGUAGUCAUGUGAGAACCAUCAAAGUGCGUAAGCUGCAUAUAGAACCCUUGAAUAUGAAGGAAUUUGAGCAAAUUGAAGCUGACAAUGAGGACCAUGACGUGGAGGUUUCAAAUACCGGAAUUCGUUCUAUACCAGAAGAACUUUCAACCAUUAUGGAAGAAAGUAGUAAGGCUCAAGAGCUGCUUGUUAAGAUGGAAAGACUUCCAGCUGAAUUGUUGGAAAGCCAUCUAGGUAAAAAAAAGAAUACGCCACUUUCAAAUAAUUCUUCAAUUAAUGUUGAUGGAGACCUUUUAAAUGAUCCAGCUUUUGCUUCAACACCCUUAAAAAUAGAUACAAUGAGAAAGUUGGAUUUGAUCUACACACCAAAAUUCGGAAAUUGCGAGAAUAAUUUGUACCAGUUUGUCAAUCCUAGGAAAAAAAUAACAAGAAGUUGUACUAGUAGCGGUAGUAAGCCUAGUUCAAGCAACACCUUACUAUCACCAAAGAAGGAAAAAAUUAGUUUAGGGAGUAACAGAGACAGUAAAGUGAAUGAUUCUCCAAGCAGAAGUGUUAGCAGUUCCUAUAAGGAAAAUUCAAUAUCCCUAAAAAAAGAAAAAUCAAUAUACCUACAAAAAGGGAAAAAGGCGACUUUAGAAAAAGAAAGAAAAUCAUUAACUCCACAAAAAGAAAAUUCUCUUACAAAGAACAGAAAAAGACAAUUGAAUACCCCUGCAAAGAAAACUAAAGCUAAAAGAAAAAAGUCCAUCCCUGAAGUAUCUCCACGAAGACAUCCAAGACUUGCACGUCGUGCACGACCCACAAACUUAAAAGAGGAAACACUGAGAGAGAAGAAGAGAAGAAACUGAGGCAAGUGCACGAAGACGUAUUUAUUUUUUGUUUCAUAAUUUCAACUAUUUCAUUAAAUUAUUUUCAUAAA